AUGGAAAUUAUUUCAUCCAAACGAUUCAUUUUAUUGACUUUAGCCACUUCAAGCUUGUUAACAUCAAACAUCUUUUGUGCAGAUAAUUUAAUGAUGUCCAAUCUUAACAGCAAAGAAAAUUAUGACAAAUUUUCUGAGCCUCGAGGAGACUCCAAAGGGGAAAAGGAAAGAAGCCUCAAUUUUGAAGAAUUAAAAGACUGGGGACCAAAAAAUGUCAUUAAGAUGAGUACACCCGCAGUCAACAAAAUGCCACCCUCAGUCACCAACUUGCCAUUGAGAUUUGGGAGAACCAUGGAAGAACGAAGUCCUGGACCGAUGGCCAACUUGCCUCCGAGAUUUGGAAGAAAUAUGAGCGGAAGCAUCUUGAGACGUGUUCCUAAUCUGCCCCAAAGGUUUGGGAGAACGACGGCAGCCAAAAGCAACACUAAGACACUGAGUGAUUUAAUCCAACAAUCCAUGGAUUCACCAUCUGCCAAUGACUUACUUUACUCCAUGACCUGCCAGCUCCAAGAAAUCCAGAAUCCUGACCAAAAGCAUCCAAGGAGACCGGGAUUCAAGAAAACAGAUGACGCAGAAUUGAAACAAGAAAAAUAA